GCGACUGAACGAGCAUUAACACACGGAGUACCGACAUGCUGCGAACACAAGCUUUCAGUUUUCGCAGAACACUUCUGCGUACUUAUGCCACCGCCUCUUCACCUAAUGCGCUAGUCUUCCUCGAACAUCGUCAGGGUGUCAUCGAUUCCGGCUCCCUUUCAGCCCUCACAGCUGCUGGCCAACUAGGCGGCCAAGUCACCGGUCUGGUGUUAGGUGGAUCAGAUGAAGUCAAAGUCAUCAUAGAGACAGCAAAAAAAUUGCAAGGGCUAUCUUCCGUUCUGCACUCCAGUUCCCCUCAAUACACCAUUCCCUUGCCUGAAACAGUUUCACCGCUUCUCGAAAAGCUCCUCUCUGAAGGAUCACCCUUUACACAUGUUAUUUCCGCCCAUUCAUCUCUUGCCAAGUCUAUUUUGCCUCGAGUCGCAGCCAAACUCGAUGUACCGGCCGUCUCCGAUAUCACAUCGGUUGAACACGAUGCGUCGUCCAACAGCACAACUUUUACACGCCCCAUAUAUGCAGGAAACGCCAUAUCAACUGUUCGUGCCCCAUCUUCGAUACCUAUCAAAUUCUUCACUGUUCGGUCAACGGCCUUCUCACCCGCUGAAUUCUCCGAAGGAGCAGAGGCUGAGCUGAAAACCCUCGACCCCGUACAGGUCUCCGACUCUCCCUCAGAGCACGUUAGCACGUCGUUGACCAAGUCCGACCGGCCUGAACUGGGUGUUGCUAGUCGAAUCGUCUCGGGUGGACGUGCUUUAAAGAAUGCAGAGACAUUCCAGUCCACUCUCUAUCCCUUGGCCGACAUCCUCGGGGCCGCCGUCGGAGCUUCUCGCGCGGCGGUGGAUGCUGGAUAUGCGGAUAACUCCUUGCAAGUAGGCCAAACGGGUAAAGUCGUUGCACCUGAGCUUUACAUGGCCCUCGGCAUAUCAGGAGCUAUCCAGCAUCUCGCUGGGAUGAAAGACUCGAAACUCAUCGUCGCAGUGAACAAGGACCCCGAUGCUCCCAUCUUCCAAGUAGCGGAUGUUGGACUUGUCGCGGAUUUAUAUGAAGUUGUUCCCGAGCUUAUUGAGAAACUAAAGCGAUGAAAUAUAUGUUCUUGUCCUGAAUUUUUUAUUUCGGUGUGAAAUGGCGAGCUUCUAAUUAUUAAAAGCUGGAUAGUAAGAGCAUAGACCUAUCAAUGAACCACGAAGU